CCCUAAACCCAGAAAAAAAAACAUAACAAUCUCAGGUCCCCCUACAAUUUGAUUGGCUGGCUUGGAAAAAACAAGCUCUUUUUUGUGGUCGCGCAAAAAUCGUGUCACUACUUUUUGUGUGUCUGUGUGUGUUCUCUUUCCACCCUUUCAAUAAUAAUGGCUGCACUUUUACCGAUCAACAUUAACGUGAACUACGACGAGGACAAAGAUGCCUUGACGACCUUUCUUCAGGAGUUCAAAUCAACCAGUGUUGAUGCCAUGCUCGAUAUCGACCAAGCACCAGGUCCCAAGUACAUGAACAUUCUGCAAAAAGUGGUCAAUCGUGAAGAAACCGUAGUUACUAUCGAAUUGGACGAUCUUGCUGAGCAUGAGGAUUCGACGGAUCGUGUUGUUGCAAACAUUCGUCGUAACACAAGACGCUACAUUGACUUGUUGUGUGAGGUGAUUGACUCCUUGUGCGCGACCUUGACACCUCAGAACGGUGAUAUUGGCUACAAGGACAGCGUGCUUGACGUGAUUAUCGAUCAACGACGCGUUCGCGACCAAUCCCGUGCCCAAGAGUCCACUGAUACUUUCCCACCUGCCUUGACGCGUCGAUAUGAGGUGUUCAUAAAGCCCUUGUCUAAGGAUGAAGCCUUGUCUGUUCGUCAAAUCGGUGGCACACAACUCGGUCAGCUCGUCACUGUGCGCGGUAUCGUCACGCGUGUUUCGGAUGUUAAGCCUCAUUUGCAAGUCAACACAUACAGCUGUGAUACUUGUGGCUCUGAAAUCUUCCAGGAAAUCAAGCAGCGUCAGUUCACGCCUCUUGUGGAGUGUCCUGCUGAGGAAUGCCGAAGCAACAAUGUCAAGGGUCGAUUGUAUAUGAUGACCAGAGCAUGUAAAUUCUUGGCCUUCCAGGAAGUCAAGCUUCAGGAACUUGCUGAUCAAGUACCUGUUGGCCAUAUCCCUCGUACCAUGACGCUGCAUAUGUAUGGUGCCAUGUGCCGACAACUUUCACCUGGUGAUGUAUGCCACACCUCGGGCAUCUUUUUGCCAAUGCCAUACACUGGCUUCAAGGCACUCCGUGCCGGUUUGUUGACGGACACCUACAUGGAAGCCCAACACGUCUACCGCUUGAAGAAGCAAUACGAUCAAAUUGAACUGUCGCCUGAAGAUGCGCAGAAGAUCGAGGAAUUGAAGAGCGACCCCAACAUUUACGAAAAGCUUGCUCGCAGUAUUGCACCCGAAAUUUAUGGUCAUGAUGAUGUGAAGAAGACCCUUCUUUUGCUAUUAGUUGGUGGUGUGACCAAGGUGGUUGGUGACGGUAUGAAAAUUCGUGGUGAUAUCAACAUUUGUUUGAUGGGUGAUCCCGGUGUGGCCAAGUCCCAGUUGUUGAAGUUCAUUGCCAAGGUUGCUCCCCGAGGCGUGUACACCACUGGUCGAGGCAGUUCCGGUGUUGGUCUCACAGCUGCUGUCAUGAGAGACCCAGUUACCGAUGAAAUGGUCCUUGAGGGUGGUGCUCUUGUGCUUGCUGAUAACGGUAUUUGUUGCAUUGAUGAAUUCGAUAAGAUGGAUGAAUCGGAUCGAACAGCUAUCCACGAAGUUAUGGAACAACAGACCAUCAGUAUCUCCAAGGCUGGUAUCAACACAACCCUGAACGCCCGUUCAUCUAUUCUCGCAGCAGCCAAUCCCUUGUACGGCCGAUACAACCCACGUCUUUCUCCUACACACAACAUCAACCUUCCUGCCGCCCUGUUGUCCAGAUUCGAUAUCCUGUACCUGAUUCUCGACAAGCCCUCUGACGAUUUGGACAGAUUACUUGCAGAGCACGUCACCUACGUCCACACCCACAACAAGCAUCCUGACUUGGACUUUGAAGCACUUGAUUCAAAUGUCAUUAGACAUUAUGUCGCACAAGCACGCCAAAAGAGACCCGUCGUCACCCGGGAGGUGUCCGAGUACGUCACUGGCGCCUACGUCCAGCUUCGACGCCAAUACAAGCUUGAUGAAGAAAAGCAGCAGCAUUUCACAUACGCAUCCGCACGUACAUUGCUUGGUAUCAUCCGUAUGGCCCAAGCUUUGGCACGUAUCCGUCUCUCCGAUCUCGUUGAAAGCCAAGAUGUCGACGAAGCAUUACGCCUCAUUGAUAUUUCCAAGGCAUCCUUAUUUGAUAACCAGACCGGCGACAGAGCCCAGGACCGAACACCCUCUACGGGUAUCUACUCGGUGGUACGAAGCUUGCGCGAAGUAUUUGGGCAAUCAAUGGAUAUGUCUGUUGUACGUGAGCGUGCUUUGGCUCGUGGCUACACUGAGGUUCAAAUCAGCGAUGCUAUCCGGGAAUACACUGAUCUAAACGUAUGGCAAGUCAAUGCAGCUGGUACCAGAUUGACUACUGUAGAGUAGACGAAAAGAUGGAACAAAUGAAUCCACAACCCAAACAAAACAAAGUCCCUCUUCCCAUAGCACAUAAAAAACCGCACUAUUUUACAUUUAUCUGUUUCUCUUCUUUCUUUCCUUUUCUUUGCAUCUAUCCCUUUCUUAAUAUAUAUAAACGU